AGCCCUGGGGUCUCUCUCCCUCUCCCUUUCCCAGAUCCGGAUGCAGUCAAGCGGAUUCCCCUGCGGCUCAGCUGUUCUGCCCCCUGCACCUGGGCCAGAGGAGCCGGUAGGCGUGGCCCCUGCCAUGGUGGUGAAGGAGGAGGAGGGGGGCGGCGCGCCUGUCCUAGAGGUGAAGAAGGAGCCGAAGGAGGCAGUGGUGGCUGUGGUGAAGAAGGAGGAGGUAGCGCCUCUGCCCGAAGGGGGGGUGAAGAAGGAGGAGGAGGAGCCACUCCCACCGGCUCCCCAGCCGCCCCCCCCACCUCGCAUCAAGGAGCCGCCGGAGCGCCCCAAGGGGAGCCGCGGGGGGGACCGGGAGCGCUCGCGGGACCGCGACAGGGACGGCUCGGCACGCGAGCGUGACCGGCAGAAGAGCAGCGAUGACCCCAAGAAGAAAGACUCAGACCUGCUCAAGCAGCUGCGCAUUGAGCUCAAGAAGGCCCAGGAGAGCCAGAAGGAGAUGAAGCUGCUGCUGGACAUGUACAAAUCAGCCCCCAAGGAACAGCGGGACAAGGUGCAGCUCAUGGCUGCCGAGAAGAAGACCAAGGCUGAGGUGGAGGAGCUGCGUGGGCGAGUGCGGGAGCUGGAGGAGAAGGAGAAGAAGGAGAGUAAGAAGAUGGCGGACGAGGAUGCCCUGCGCAAGAUCAAGCUGGCGGAGGAACAGAUUGAGCACCUGCAGAAGAAACUGGCUGCUACCAAGCAGGAGGAGGAGGCCCUGCUGUCGGAGAUGGACGUGACGGGCCAGGCCUUCGAGGACAUGCAGGAGCAGAACAUGCGACUCAUGCAGCAGCUGCGUGAGAAGGAUGAUGCCAACUUCAAGCUCAUGUCCGAGCGGAUCAAGUCCAACCAGAUCCACAAGCUGCUGCGUGAGGAGAAGGACGAGCUGGCAGAUCAGGUGCUGGCCCUCAAGUCACAGGUAGGGGGUGCUGCAGGGAGUGGGAUGGGGGGCUCAUAGUAGGGUUGCCAACUGUCUA